AACACUCUAAACAAGCGGAGGUGAAAAAACGUAAAGUUUAAAGUAAGAAAAAAGAUUGAAAGCUUGCAGAUACGAAACGGUAUAAAUAUAAUAAGGUAUACUUUGUUCGUGUAAUAUUUUAAUUUUAAAACAAAAACACAAGUUGAUAAUUUAAAAAUAUUCAAAACCUUAUCCGCUCAGAAUUCGUAAUAUCUAAAUAAAGAGAGAAAAGAGAACAAAAGAACAAAAAUUAAGAAAGUAAUUUUCUAAAUAUAAACUCAACAUAUAGAUUCCAAAAAAUUUUUGGAUAUAAUUUAUAAAUUUACUUACAGCUUAAUAUAACUUUUAAUGUUUGCUUUCAGUUUUCGAAUCGUUAAAAUCAUGUCGGUGCUACUGGAAGGGAGGUCGUACAGGCCGUUCAAGUCCUCGGAGGAGUACCUGAUAGCAAUGAAGGAGGACCUGGCGGAGUGGCUGAACGCCCUGUAUCCGGAGCUCAGGAUCAAUCUUGACAAUUUCAUGGACAGACUGGACACGGGCGUCGCGCUAUGCAAACAUGCGAACAACGUGCGGAAAUACGCGACGGACUACGUGGCCCGCCGUCAGGCCCGCAAGAUGCCGAUGACACGCUCGAUAACGUCCCUGGCGCUGCCGAUGAGCCAGGUGGGCGACGUUCCCUACCUGCCGAACGCCAAGGCCGGCACCUUCUUCGCCCGCGACAACGUCUCGAACUUCAUCGACUGGUGCCGCAACAGCCUCGGCAUCAUCGAGUGCCUGCUCUUCGAGACCGAGGAUCUGAUAAUGCGUAAGAACGAGCGGCACGUAAUACUAUGCCUGCUGGAGGUGGCGCGUCGCGGCGCCAAGUUCGGCAUGCUCGCGCCGUUGCUCGUGCAGAUGGAGAGGCAGAUCGACCGCGAGAUCGCCGCCGAGAACAAAGCGGCAAACGGCGCCGGCAACGAGGAGACCGAUGACGAGUACGAGGAGGAGCAGCCCUGCCUCAUAUACGGGCCGCAGCCGCAGAUCGUCACGAACGAUCUCAAGACUCUCCACGAGCUGGUGAGUGAAAAUAUGAUCUUGGUACUUGGAAUACAUACAUAUACAUACCACGUGCGAGUCUCAGCGCGAGGGAUGACGUGUUUCUACGGUUCUACGUUGACGGAACCCUUCACGCCCCGAAUGGAAGUAUACGCGCGCGAUGAGAGAAGUCAGCGUUCGUAAGAAACUGAAUUCUUUUUUUUUAAUUUUAGUUCGUUUUCCCGCAUAAAUUUUGAACGGAUCAGUCUCGAGAACGUUCUGUAAAGAUUUGAGCUCUUUUAUUCUCAAAGGAUGCACCGCUUCGAAAUAACGAUCGCCGUACUUGCGACGCUUCUCGGAAUCCCUCCUCGGUAGCCUGAAAGUCCCUCGACGAUUCACGGCGCCGAUUCCGGUGACCGGGCCGAUGAAAUCCCGACCGGCUUUGAGCGUAUUCGAAUCCGCGCGUCUCUCUCGUCGCGUAUCAUCGCCAACGACGACCGUAACGUGCCGUGGCUAUGAAUAUAACUCGCGACCCUGCGGUCCAUCCGGAUGUAUUUAUGGCGGUCCUAACCCACCGACGCCGAGCCGUGAAUAUCGCGCGCGAUCGGAAAUAAGAGAAGGGACGUCACGGUGCUUAAGUUUAAUGGAGUGUCGAUAGUUUGCUCUUUCGGGGUAUCAGGUACCGCAAAAGAUCCGGUAUUAUACUUUGAGGUAUUGUGAAGGA